CCCCAGCUCCUGGCUGAGUGUGUAGCCCGCCCACACAUUGCACUUUGUAUUCAGGCACUGCCUCGGGCAGCCCGGGGCCCUGCUCUCAGGACCCUCCCUCCUCUCUGCUCUGCUCUCCCAGUCAGGGGCUGUCAUUGGUGAAGGACCCGCAACAUGCUGCACGGACGGAUUCUCGGGCGCCUUGUCGUGCAACAUAAUGCAGUAAGACACUGCUCUUAUGCAGCUUCACGGCAGAACUUGUUCAUUAAUAAGGAUACUAAAGUCAUAUGCCAAGGUUUCACUGGAAAGCAGGGUACAUUUCAUAGCCAGCAGGCCCUAGAAUAUGGCACCAAGUUAGUUGGAGGUGUUUCUCCAGGAAAAGGAGGAAGCACUCAUCUCGGGCUACCAGUUUUCAACUCCGUGGCAGAGGCCAGACAGGCGACUGGUGCUACUGCCUCUGUUAUUUAUGUGCCACCUCCCUUUGCUGCUGCUGCUAUACAUGAAUCUAUAGAUGCCGAGGUCCCCCUGGUAGUAUGCAUUACUGAAGGAAUCCCUCAGCAGGACAUGGUCCGUGUGAAGCACAGACUCCUUCGCCAGACAACCACUAGACUAAUUGGACCGAACUGUCCUGGAGUCAUCAAUCCUGGAGAAUGUAAGAUUGGAAUCAUGCCUGGUCAUAUUCACAAGAAAGGGCGGAUUGGUAUUGUUUCAAGAUCAGGAACUCUGACAUAUGAAGCUGUUCAUCAGACGACGCAGGUUGGAUUGGGGCAGUCUCUGUGUGUUGGUAUUGGUGGAGAUCCAUUCAAUGGAACCAAUUUCAUUGACUGCCUUGACGUCUUCUUGAAGGAUCCUAAAACAGAAGGUAUCAUCCUGAUCGGUGAGAUAGGUGGAAGUGCUGAAGAAAAUGCUGCUAAUUUCCUGAAAGAACACAAUACCGGUCCUGAUGCCAAACCUGUAGUGUCAUUCAUUGCUGGCCUGACUGCUCCACCAGGCAGAAGAAUGGGACAUGCUGGUGCAAUCAUUGCAGGUGGAAAAGGCGGGGCAAAGGAGAAAAUUGCAGCUUUGCAGAGAGCUGGCGUGGUUGUCAGCAUGUCCCCUGCCCAGCUGGGCAGCACUAUGCACAAGGAAUUUGAAAAGCGGAAAAUGCUGUAGGAGCAUGGAAGGAAACUGCACAGCACACAUCCACCUUAUCGUCCAUCAUGUCCAUCCUUCUGUGGCCGCCCAAGGUUUACUCCAAUAUGUUGCACAGCCAUGCAAAGCCAUAACUGUUAUUUUACUUCUCCCUAGAUCAAAGUCUAACAUGGAUCUAUUCACUUGACUGUACAGCCUUCCCUAAUAAAUACUUCCAUUUAUUUUGGGUCCUAGAA